UCAGAUGACACCAUCCAUGGGUCUUCCUCCAUUAUCAGGACACCAUCUAUUUAUCUUGGGUCGAGCGAUGUCCCCCACUGCGAGUAAGCCUGAAAGGCUGGGCCAGGCCAGCACUGAAAGCAUGCCUAGACUGCUCAUGCAGUCCUCCACCAACGAGCUGCUCACAUGCCUGGGUGUGUUCUUGUGCCGGCGUUGCUGCCUGCUGAAGGACCUGACUGCUGACGAGCCUGUGCAGUGGCUGCGCAUUGUGGACCGCUACGUGACACUGACAGAAUGGCAGGAGCAAAGCUUCCUCAUUCCAAGCACCGUGGUCUUUCUCUACAUGCUGUGCCGUGACAUCAUUUCAGCUGAGGUGGCCACCAAGGAGGAGCUGCAGGCCGUGCUGCUCACAUGCUUGUAUGUGUCUUGCUCCUACAUGUGUGAGGAGAUCAGCUACCCAGCCAAAGCUUUCCUGGUGGAGGAAAACAAAGGGGCCUUCUGGGCCCGAUCCCUGGACAUUGCUAACCGCAUGAGUGGCAAGAUGCUGCAGAUUAACAAUGACCCGCAGUAUUUUUGGCAGGUCUUCACUGACCUGAAGAACAUGAUGGUUCAUUAA